GCCUUCAUUACGCAAAUCAAGCAACAUGGGGCACGAGGGGGUAAAUAACAAGAAGCGUAAUCGCAAUGGCGAUGUCAAAGGCUCACAGGACGCGGCCAUUUAUGGCCCCGGUAAGGGGCGAAGCUGGACAACCAGCCUUGCAAUUCCAGGGAACAUCAUAGAUAUGAAUAUGAGUCUAGAAUCCCGCUCCAUCAUCGCUUCUCAAAUCGCCCGCGCAAUCUCUACCUUCAGAAUCGACGAGGUUAUCAUCCUCUCGACCUCAACCUCCCCACUCGACUCCACCGCUGCCUCUACCGACUCAGCCCCGUUCCUCCUCCGCGUUCUCUCUUACCUUGAGACACCUCCAUAUAUACGCGAUCGCCUUUUCCAGCCUGGCAAAUCGGCAAUCCACCCAGACCUCGCUCACAUCUCUACGCUUUCCGCUGCAUCGACGGCUCUCCCUCACCACGCCUCUUUCGCCGAAACACUUUACCGUGAAGGCGUCACACUUAAAGCCCAAGAAGAAGGGACUUACCAUCGUCUCGUCAAUUGCGGGUUACCCAAUGGCAUCCUCGCAUCUAUCCCUGACCCCAUACCGAAGAGUACGCGGGUUACAGUGAAACUCUCGUCGCAAACACCGUCGGGAGACAGGACAUCUAUUCCAGCGGAAGUCGUUGCACCAUCCGAACCACGCGAGGAGAUUGGGCAAUACCUUGGCUAUGAAACUCGCACGUCGCCAUCUCUGGUGUCUUUCUUCGAAGACUGCCCGUAUGACGGCGGCUACGAUAUCUCUAUUCUUGUAUCCGACUCUGACGGCGACGAUGCUGGGAAUAUAUCUGCGGCAAAUUCAAAGUUUCAGCACAUUCUUUUGGCCUUUGGCGGGGCAGAAAACUUUGAGGAGUUGACGAAAAACGACCCGAAACUUGGGAGCCUUGAUUUGGACAAUUUCGCUGAUCUAUUUGAUCACACGGUUAAUGUUGCAAAGGGCUUGCCAUAUGUAAAUCCGGGUUCAUUACGCGUCGAAGAGUUGGUAUUAGUGGGAUUGGCUGGCCUCAAACCACUACUGGCCGAACAAUAUAAAUGAUAAUGGUAUCCAAGGAUCUCUUAUCGCUAUGCACGAUGCAACUUUUUCUCAUUGCUCUGGAUUGUCUCUUGAAUAUAAAUUGUGACUUGAUAGGUAUACUUAAUAGAUAAACAACAAUUACUACGGGUAGCAUAAGACACGGU